ACGUGAUUCUCCUCUGAUUUAACGUUCAGAACCGAACGUUAUAAAACACUUUGCCAGGUAAUUUACUAGAGGUGGACGUGUAGAAGUGUGCUGUAACUGAUCUUCGGCACACCCGACAAGCAGAUAACAGGAAGUAAUGUGGCGUGUGGCAUUUUUGAUGCUGGUGUCUGGGCUGUCAAUCAGCUGGGCCCGGCCCCGCCUACCUCCGCUCUCCCACCAGAUGGUGGACUACAUCAAUGAGGCCAACACUACAUGGAAGGCUGGCCACAACUUCCGUAAUGUGGACUACAGCUAUGUUAAGAGACUGUGUGGAACCCUGCUCAAAGGACCCAAACUGCCCGCCAUGGUGCAGUAUGCAGGGGAUGUGAAGCUACCUGACAACUUUGACCCCAGAAUGCAGUGGCCCAACUGUCCCACUCUGAAGGAGAUCAGGGACCAGGGCUCCUGUGGCAGCUGCUGGGCGUUUGGUGCUGCGGAGGCCAUCUCAGACCGUGUGUGUAUCCAUAGCAAUGCCAAAGUCAGCGUGGAGAUCUCCUCUGAAGACUUGCUCAGCUGCUGUGAAAGCUGUGGCAUGGGUUGUAAUGGUGGUUACCCCUCUGCUGCGUGGGACUUCUGGACUACAGAGGGGCUAGUCUCUGGAGGACUCUACGACUCUCACAUUGGUUGCAGGCCCUACUCUAUCCCUCCCUGUGAGCACCAUGUUAACGGCACACGACCCCCCUGUAAAGGAGAGGAGGGUGACACGCCAGAAUGUUCCAACCAGUGUGAGGCUGGAUACACACCUGGCUACAAGCAGGACAAACACUUCGGUAAGAGCUCGUACAGUGUUCCCUCUGAAGAGCAGCAGAUCAUGAAUGAGCUCCUAAAGAACGGACCUGUGGAAGGAGCUUUCACUGUCUACGAAGACUUCCUGCUCUACAAGUCUGGUGUGUACCAGCAUGUCUCUGGCAGCGCAGUAGGAGGCCAUGCCAUUAAGGUCCUGGGCUGGGGAGAGGAGGGGGGAACUCCUUACUGGCUGGCUGCUAACUCCUGGAACACUGACUGGGGAGAGAACGGUUUCUUUAAGAUCCUGAGAGGUAAGGACCACUGUGGCAUCGAGUCUGAGAUGGUGGCUGGCAUCCCUUUGUAACCAGGACAACAGUAACCAGGAAGUGAUUGGAGCGAGAAGCUGCAGAUGCACCAGUCCUCCUGUCCACUAGAGGGAAACCAUCUCCUCUUUCUGCCUGCCUUUUCUGGCUUUUACUCUGGUUCUAAUGCCCAAUUCAACCCCUAGGCACCUCUUUAGUUUCAAAAUAAUUGGUUUAGAAAAUGCUACCCUGUCUGAGGGAAAGGCGGAUCUACUAGCAUAUUGCUCAUACCUGUCCUAUCCUGAUUCCUUAUCAGAUCUAUGAGAAGUGUAUAAGAGGAGAGGCUAGGGGUCCAUUUGGAACUGGGCAUAUGUGAACUAUUGCUUUCUGUCUUUAGUUAAAUGUGUUCUUCCUAGUGUGUCUCAAUCUGUAGUGGCUUCUUCCCCUCGUAUCCACUCUGUCAUCUCCACCGAUCUGAAAAUGCAGGAUGGGUGAAAGAAGACACCUGUCCAGUUAUGUCAGUGCAGAUUGAGAGGAAGCAACAGUAGACUAUUGAGACUCUGUAGACGUCCAUCUUGCUUCCUGUGUUUGAUCAAUGGAGCGGUGGCUAGCUGUGCUAAAAUACCUCUCUCCCUGUACUAGUUUGCAACAAUCACAUCAAUUUACAAUUUUUAAUGCAUGAUGCUUUAAACACCUUUUUCUAGAGGUGAUUUUUUUUUUCCCUUCGACGUGCUCACUGACUGCAUUGUACACCUUUUUGUGUUUUUAAAUUGGAUUAUAAGAGAAACAUGGAAGUAGUUUUAUACCGAUUGGGGGGGGGGUUAUUUGAAUGCUGUGUUUUUAAUGCUUCUCUCUGUUCUGAUCAAAAGUGUUCUGUAAUGAUUGUAUUGAGUUGCAUAAAAUAAAAGCCAACCAACAUGUUUAA